CUCUCUCUCUCUCUCUCUCCGUGUCUCGGUCUCGCGGUCUCUCUGCACUUUCUCAGCGGAGUGAGUGAUGGUCUCGCGCCGCGCUGGACUCGCCCGUCUCGCGCGCUCUCUGCCCCGCUCGGUCCGGUUUGCUGUGUGACUGCGCAAAGGACCCCGAAGGCGAAAGGACUGGCGUUCCUGAUUCAGCCUUGAUCUCCGUCCGCUCAAGCUGUGGUCCGCCUCAUCAAUCAUUGCCACUCUGGCUGCCUGGUGCCUCAACUGCACUGUCUCAGGUUUUUCCACGCGCUGAACACCCUUUUUGUCCAGCACCUCCCUGUGCCCUGGAUAUCUAGUGCCCUGGACUAUCGUUCCUUCCAUUCGUGUUGUCCUGCUACCACCUGCACCAUGAGCAGGAGCUGUAGCGUUUGGGGUGGACUAAGCAUAGUCACCCUGUUGACACUGGUGCAAUGGGAGUCUUGCUGCUGGGGGAUGACCCUGAACUCAGUCCAGCUGCAUCCAGCAUCUAGCAGACCCGCCAGGGCUGAGGCAGGAACCGUCCCUCUUAGGCACAAGAGGAACUGGGUGUGGAACCAGUUCUUUGUUCUGGAGGAGUACACAGGAGAUGACCCUCUCUAUGUUGGCAAGUUGCACUCUGACGUAGACAAAGGUGAAGGCAGGAUCAAGUACGUCCUCACGGGCGAAGGGGCCACCACCAUUUUCACCAUUGAUGAAAACACGGGCGACAUCCAUGCCACCAAGCGGCUGGACCGCGAGGAGCAGGCCUACUACACACUACGCGCUCAAGCCCGUGACCGUGCCACCAACCUGCCCGUGGAGCCCGAGUCCGAGUUCGUCAUCAAGGUCCAGGACAUUAAUGACAAUGAGCCGAAGUUCCCUGACGGUCCCUACCAGGCCCAUGUUCCCGAAAUGUCUCCAGUGGGUACGUCUGUUGUGGAGGUUAAAGCAACGGAUGCAGAUGAUCCCACGUAUGGCAACAGUGCCAGAGUCGUCUACAGCAUUCUGGAAGGACAGCCCUAUUUCUCAGUGGAGCCUAAGACAGGUAUCGUGAGGACAGCGCUGCCCAAUAUGGACCGAGAGGCAAGGGACCAAUACCUGCUGGUCAUCCAGGCCAAGGACAUGGGUGGCCAGAUGGGCGGCCUUUCGGGAACCACGACAGUGACUGUCACACUGACCGAUGUCAACGACAACCCUCCACGCUUCUCCAGAAAAUCCUAUCAGUUUGCGGUGCCGGAGUCACUGCCCGUGGCAUCGGUGGUGGCCAAGAUAAAGGCCCUGGACUCGGAUGUGGGAGCCAAUGCAGAGAUGGAGUACAGAAUUAUAGAAGGAGACGGCCUCGGGGUGUUCAGAGUCGAGCCAGACGCAGACACACAGGAAGGAGUCAUAAGUCUGCAGAAGAAUCUUGACUUUGAAACGAAGUCCAGCUACACUCUGAAAAUCGAAGCAUCCAACAAGAACAUUGACCCACGCUUCCGGGCCCAGGGUCCUUUCAGCGACACAGCGAUGGUCAAGCUGGUGGUGGAGAAUGUGGACGAGCCUCCUGUUUUCUCCUCACCUAUCAGCAGGAUGUCCGUCUCAGAAGCGGCUAAAGUGGGCACCAUCAUUGGGACCGUCUCCGCCCUGGAUCCCGACUCCACCAACAGUCCAAUCAGGUACUCAAUAGACCGUAAUACUGAUCUGGAGCGUUUCUUCAACAUUGAGGCGGCGACGGGGGUCAUCAGCACAGCCAAGCCUUUAGACCGCGAGGUCAAUGCAGUGCACAACAUCACCAUCCUCGCCAUAGAGAGCCUCGACCCAGCGCAGGUGGGGAAAGGAAUCGCUCUCAUUACAGUGAUGGACGUCAAUGACAACGCCCCUGUCUUCGCUAUAGAAUACGAGACCUUUGUGUGUGAGACCGCCCAACCAGGCCAGGUAAUUGAGACCAUAAGUGCGGUGGAUAAAGACGAGCCCCCCAGCGGCCACCGCUUCUUCUUUUCUCUGACCGCUGAGGCCGCAGGGAACCAUAACUUCACCCUGAGGGACAACAAAGAUAACACAGCAUCGGUCCUGACUAAGCGUGGUGGUUUUCAGCGGCGUGAACAAGCCAUGUAUCGUCUGCCUGUGCUGAUAGUGGACAGCGGGAGUCCAGCUCUCAGCAGCACCAACACUCUGUCCAUCCGUGUGUGUGACUGUGACUCAGACGGCACUCCACAAGCCUGCGGCACCGAGGCCUUCCUCCUGUCUGCAGGACUCAGUACUGGAGCACUCAUGGCUAUUCUGGCCUGCAUCCUCACACUGCUGGUGCUGGUGCUGUUGAUCGUGACGGUACGGAGGCGAAAGAAAGAGCCUCUGAUUCUGGACGAAGAUCGCGACGUGCGGGAGAACAUCGUCCGUUACGACGAUGAGGGUGGCGGGGAGGAGGACACCGAGGCUUUCGACAUGGUCGCGCUGCGCAACCUCAACGUGGCCAGAGACAGCAAAGCUCGGCGGGACGUCACACCAGAGGUGCCCACACUCUACUGCUCACGCCCACCGCCAUACAAGAUCACGCCUGACAAUGGCAUCUUCCGGGAUUUUAUAUGGGAUCGGCUGAAGGAUGCGGAUGUGGACCCUUCAGCUCCUCCUUAUGACUCCCUGCAGACGUACGCCUUCGAGGGCAGCGGCUCAGUGGCUGAGUCACUCAGCUCGCUGGAGUCACUCAGCACGGACUCGGAGCAGAGUUACGACUACCUGAGCGACUGGGGGCCGCGGUUCAAGAAGCUAGCUGACCUCUACGGCCACAACGACAGCAGCAAUAUAUUCUCCUCCUAGCCGCGGAUUUUUGUUUCGUUCCUAACGAUAAUGCCGCUCAAUCGAGGACAUAAUGGAAGAGAACAAUCAUUGAGAGGGUGCAAAUGACUCACUGAUACUUGAAAGAGUUGGGUGGGAAGACAAAAUAUGGAACAGUUCUGUGGGAGAAGAUAUCCUGGCAUAGAUUAUCAACCAACAAAAAAUAAAAAAAAAAAAAAACAAACAAAAAAAAUAAAAAAAACACAAGGCGCUAAGGUGUUGUCAUGGCCUGGUGUGAUAAGAUUCUCUAAGGACAAGCUUUGGAUACUUAUGUCCUUCAAUGCACUUCGAAUUUAAUACCACAACAUAAUGCCAAGCCUAGGCUUGGGAUGUGGUUGAGAAGACUAAAGAAAGGAUCUCACGGGCGAGUGAGAAGAAUGGGCAGUGGGUGUCAGGCCGCUUUCCUGUCCAGGAAUACGGUUCUGUUUUUUUUUUUUUUCAUUUCGCAGAGACAUUGGGAGGUAUUCUAUCUCUGUGGUGAUAAAUCAAAAUGCCGGACUAGCCCCGCUGCCCUGUAUCAGUGUUCUCUGAUCAGUAUCUGUAUGUUUCUGUUUUGUCAGAUAUUUCUAUGACUCAUGGCUUCUUCGGGUAACGAAAAAAAAUCAAUAUGAAUUGAGCAGCUGAGAACACUGAACCACCCUUUUCUCUGAGAAAAAAAGGGAAAGAAACUAAUUUUUCGCCAGACGUAUUGCCUUGUGAGGUACCGCAACUGUUGCUGUGUAAAAUAUCUUUUUCUGCAUAGCCUCUCAUCCGACAGCCGGCUUUAGUUUCACAUGAAAUGAAGCGUUCACCAUCGCUUCAUCUUUAUCAAAGCACUCUUCAAGUCCAGAACAUAGAAUCUUGCACAGUCAUUUAGAGAACAGGUUUACAUGUACAUUACUUCUUUCGCCUUUUGGGGUGGAUUCUCUAAGGGGAACGUCUUCAAGGGAUUUCUUUUUCAUACAGCAAGAUCGUAGAAGCAGCGAAUAAAUGGAAGAUGUGUUGUUGGUUUAAACCCAUUUCCCUCCUUCACGUUCCGGCUCCAGAAACAAAUGUGUUUGUAGUGUCAGGUUCUGCCCCACGUACUGUGUACUGUAAGUACGUGCCGGCUGACUGUAGUAGUGAGAGUUGGUUUUAUAUGAGGAACAGCCAAGCUGUCGUUGUUGAGGUGCCUCAGAAUGGAAAGCAGUGUACUUUGUUUUUUCUGUUGUUCUUUCAGAGGUUUCCUACAAAAAAAAGGCAAUGGGCCUGGUUCUAGAUUACAUCGAUUGUCAGUAUGCAGAGUGAAGGUUGUAUCUUUCAAAAUGUUUAACUUUGAUUAACCCUUAGAAGUCUGAAGCUAUUACUGUGUUUUCUUUACCGUUAUAAGAUAAUUACUAUGUAAUUACAUAAUUAUAUAUGAGUAAUUACAUGGUUAUAUAUGAUUACGUCACAUUUUGUAUUGAUAUGUUCCAAGUUUGCACUUCUGACAUUUUUCUCUUUGUUUUGAUGUCAAGAAAUGCCAAAAAUGUGGCAAAAGGUUUCUCUUUCCACAAAAAAAGACUGUACUUAUAAUAAAACAUCGUUUCUUCUAGCAACAACAAA